GCGCUCUGUUUGGGGUCCUCGCUCUGUAGCGCUUCCUGGUCCACGUAUUGAGAAGAUCCCUGACAUCCUCUGUGACAGAUUCUGACUUUACACUGAGUUUGUUUGGAUUGAGUUUCUCUUACAUGUUGACUCUUCACCCCGCGGCGGUGGGCAGCUGACCGGAGACGUUUUCAGACUUCACGGUCCCGUUAACCGGAUCAUCAUGUCCUGGUUCACUGACUUGGCCGGUAAAGCUGAAGACUUCCUGAAUAAAGUGGACCAGGGAGCUGCUACCGCCCUGACCCUCAACCAGGAGAGAUCGUCCUCCUUCUCCUCCCCGUAUGAAGGAGAAUCAAUCAUCAAACCAGAGUACAACACUUCAGAUUAUAAGACCAGCACAGCUGUAUCACAUCACACCUAUUCCUCCUCUCACGAUGCCCCGAGCUUCAUCUCUUCAGCCGCUGGAAACAUCAAGAGAUCCAGUGCGACUCUGCUGGCCGGCACCGCCAACGUGCCCAGCACCGCCUCCGCUUCGAACAGCGGCGCCCCGAACUCUGCCAAACCCUCGUCUGGGUUUGUGAGGCCCAAAAAGAGCGAGCAGGACGUGGACGACGACAUGUUGUUUGACUUUCUGAACAGCUCGGAUCCUCCUGACAGCAGCAGGCGGGACUCAAGAAGAGAACUUGUGAAAGCGGUGGUGCCGGUCAUGGAGGCCCAGAACCUGACACCGCCUCGUUCCACCACACCUCAUACGGUUCCAUCCGCCCCGUCCACGCCACCCUCCACCAGGGGGGUUUCCAGGGCCUCCAGUAUGAGCUCUCUGUCUGCUCACAGCGUCAAAACAUCGGAGGAGAGCUCGGCGAAAGAACAAAGUCAAGAAACACCUGAGAGUUCAGACUCAGGCUUGGCCGUCCCUCAGGAGUCCAGCAGACAGGAGCCCUCUCCUCUUCUUCCUCCUCCUCCUCCUCCUCCUCCCUCAGAGGAGCCUCAGAGUCAGAUCAUGUCCAGUCUGCGUCUGGAGAACCAGCUGCUGCGUAGCGAGGUGUCCUCCCUCAACCAGGAGAUGGCUUCAAUCAUCCAGAGAGCAAAAGACCUCCAAGAGGAGCUGAACCAGACCCGCCUUCGAGCAGACCGGCGGAACUCGGAGCAGUCUCAGAGCGACAGGAUGUUACGGGAAUUUCGGUCGCAGGUUGAUGACCUCACAGAAACCCUCUCUGCCAAAGACGGUCAGCUUGCGGUCCUGAAGAUCCGACUGGAUGAAGCGGAUCAGAUGCUGAAGACUCGUAACGCUGCAUUAGACGAGGUUCAGAGGGAGAAGUCGAGGAUCAUUCAGGACCACUCACAGGGGAGCAGCAUGCAUAACCAGGCUCUGGAAACCAUCCAGGAGAGACUGCGUGAGGCUGACCUCUCCCUCAGGAGGGAACAGGACAACUUCCGGCAGAUGCAGAGCGAGUACGCUGGUCGUCUGUCCAAAGUGGAGGCUGAGAGGCAGACCCUCGCGGAGACGGUGACCGCAGCCGAGCGGCGGGCUGCAGAGGAGAAGCUCCGGGCCGAUGAUCUCCAGCAGCAACUGAAAAGUUCCAAAAAUGCAGCUGAGAGCGCCAAACAGGAGCUACAGGACUACAAACACAAAGCUUCACGCAUCCUGCAGUCCAAAGAGAAGUUGAUCAGCAGCCUGAAGGAAGGAUCCGGUCUGGACACUCUGGACGGCAGCGGGGCGAUGUCUCUGGAGCUGGAGGAUCUGCGUCACGAUAAGGAACUGCAGAGGGAGGAGAUCCAGAAGCUGCAGGGACAAGUGCACACACUGCGGAUAGAAAUCCAGGAUUUGGAGAAUCAGGGUCUCACAGAAGCAGAGACCUGGAGGGAGCAGCAGGUGCAGUUAGAGGAGCAACAGGCUGCACAGCACAGAGCUAAGCAGGAGGUGGAGGCUGAGAUGGAGCGCUACAAACAGGAGCUGCAGUACGUGGAGGAGGAGCAACAUCGAGCAAAAGCCACCCUGCAGAGCAGAGUCAAGGACCGGGAAGAUGAAAUCCAGAAACUCAGGAACCAGUUGACCAACAAGACUCUCAGCAACAGCCAGGCGGAGCUGGAGAACCGUCUCCACCAGCUGACGGAGACCCUGAUCCAGAAGCAGACCAUGCUGGAGGCUCUGGGCACAGAGAAGAGCUCUCUGGUCUUCCAGCUGGAGCGUCUGGAGCAGCAGCUGAAGAACGCUCAGGGGGGGCAGAGCGGAGGGCAGGCCAUCAACAUGAGCGGUCUGGAGGGAGCAGGGGCGCGACAGAGAAGCACUCCGGUCCUGUUCAGCGAUCAGGACGCUCCAGGCAUGUACGGACAAGUACGCAAGGCAGCCAGCACCAUCGACCGCUUCAGCAUCAGACUCGGGAUCUUCCUGCGGCGUUACCCGAUGGCCAGAAUAUUCGUCAUCCUGUACAUGGCGAUCCUGCACCUGUGGGUCAUGAUAGUCCUCCUGACCUACACACCAGAGAUGCAUCACAAUCAUCCUGACGGGAGAUGAAGACUUGAAUCCUCCUGGUGUGUGUUGAGAUGUUUGUUCACUGCAGCCCUCGGUGUACGGACAGUACGAGCUGCUGGGACACACGGAGCCUGGGUCCUGACUUUACCUGAUUUGCACAUAAAUGCUUAGAAUUAAAGUUAUUUCUUCUUUUUUUGUUUCAAACUGAGGAUCGAUACCCGACGGCUGUCUGAACUGACGAGUUUUAAAGUAAUUGCAGAGUGAUAUAUAUAAAUAUAUAUUGUGUUGGUGGUCUGUUGAAAGGACAUUAAAUCAAACACACCCGUUCUCAUCGUCUGCUUCAGACCUCUGUCCUCUGGAGAGAUUGUAUUUAACACUAUGUAAAAAAGAUUCUUUUAAUAAAUGAGUACAAAGAAA